GAUCAAAAUUAUCUUUUCAGUGUGUAUGGAACAGGCGGGAGGAAGAGGAACAGUCCGGCUAAAAAGCUUUCUAAAUGUGCUUUAAAACACUGACAUAGCCUUUGCCACGCAGACAUUUUAUUUUCGACGUCUGUUGUGGCUGCCGAGAUUCGUCAAAGCGUUUUUUUUUCUCCGCUGGCUUCUUUUUUUUUUUUUUAAAAAGAGCGUGAACUAGCCGGCGGACAAAGAUGAGCCUGGUCCUUUCUCAACAACCGGCUGAGGGGCUCCCAGCUGUGGCCCAAACAGCAGCAGAGAGUGAUUCAGACAGCGGGAUGGGCUCUCCAGCAGAGGAGAUGGUCACUGAGACAAUCAACAAUAGAGAGGAGCUUCCAGAUUCUGAUGACGAUGAAGACAUCACUCCUCACAGAAAGCCUCGCCGUAAUGCCAUUAGAGACAGUGACAGUGAGGAAGAGACAGCUGCAGAUAACAGUGGCCACAUGGCUGAAACGCUGGCGUUAUCUGCUUCCAGCGGAGAGGAGAUGGAGACGGGAGAGGCCGAAGAGAAGGGUGAGGGGAGAGAGAAUGGGGCGCAGAAGAGCAAGAGAAUAAGCCGUGCACCCAUCGACAGUGAAGACAGUGAGCCUGAGCAAGGGAAAUGUGGAGAAAUGGAGGAGCAACGGGACGAGGUGAAGAAGGAAGCGAAAUCAAAGGAACGGAAGAAGAGAGAGAAGAGCCAGAGGCACCGGCAGAAAAAGGAGAAACAUAGCAAAGCGGUGGAAAAACUAAAGAAUAAAGAGAGGUUCUCUGAAAUGAAUGAGGAGACACCUCUCCCUCGGGCUCUGAAUGACAGCGGGUGUCCACUUGGUGACACAGACCUGUUUGACACUGGUCUGGAUGAUGAGGAGGAAGAAGAGUCUCUGGAUGCCAUCCGAGCUGCAGUCAAACACGAGAUGAAAAAACAUAAGGAACUUCUCCUGAAUGAAGAUGAAGAGGCACCAGAGAAACCCCAGCGCGUGGAGAGGAAAGCUGCACGUGCCAGCAAAGAGGCAAUGAAAAACCUCCACAGUGAGUCUCAGAGGCUUGUCAGAGAGUCCACACUUGGCCUGCCCUACCACAUCCCUGAGCCCAAGACCAUCGACCAGUUCUUUAAGAAGAGAGCCAGGCCAGAGGGUCCUGCCAUGGCAUUAUUGAAAUCUACAAAGUAUUCAGCCAUGAUGUUGGAGACACCAUCGGCUCCUCCUCCACCUCCUGUAAACCCCCCCAGCGAGCCCCAAAGGCCAUCCACAGAGCACGACUCUUCACCUUCUCUGGAUCUCUCAUGUACUCAGAUCCAGCCCAUACCUCAUCCUGCCGCCACCUCAUCCCCGCAGCAGGAGAGCCUCAGCCAGGCCAGUGAAGCAACUGGAAGCCUAGAUCCCACCCAGGAAUCUGGACCAAUGCUUUACCUCUCUGAGAGUCUGCAGGAUUCAGUCACAACAGAUGGAUCAGUGAAAUCCUCUUCUUACUCUGGGGAAGAAACCUCUGCUGUCCCCUUAGAACAAAGCCAAACUGCAGUAGUGUCUGACUCAGAAGCCCUGCAAAAAGAGUCUGUAUCUGGGGCUUUGGUGGAGUCUGUAUCUGCUCAGUGUUGGAGCACUGCUUCAGCUGCAGCAGAGCCUUCAGUGAAGCAACCCACCAAGCCCAAGAGGGACAAACUGGCCAGACUGAAGGAGCUUGGACUGGACCCCCCACCUGUUGCUAAAUUGUGUCCAGAUGAUGGAGCUUUUGUUCAGCUCGAGCCUCCACAGCUCAACCCUGGUGUGGUGGCCCUGAAGGAGCGUUACCUUCGUCAUGUCCAGCCCCCCACAAGGCCCCAGGGAGAGCGCACAAUGCAGCUCAACAUCAUCCGCAAAGACAGCAACCCUUCUGGCCAGGAAGAGUUGCACACUGAAUCAGUCUCUGUCACUGUUAAGGAGGGGGCAGAUGAGCCAGUGCCCACCAAACCCGGAGAGAAGCUGCUGACACUGAAGCAGCGUCUGCAGCUCGCCAUGGCCCAGCGGAGAAAGGAGGAGAGGGCACGAAAAGCUGAGCUGAAUCGCCUAGACAAUGAAAAUUUUGGAGAGGAAGAAGAGGAGGAGGAGGAAGAGCUGACAGAUGAGUCAGAGGAAGAAGAAGGUGUAGACGACUUACUGGGCGGCGAUGAUGGGGAAGAAGAAGAGAAGGAGGAUGAGGCAGAAGAGGAGGAGGAAGGCAGUGUAGCUCAGAGUAUCAGGAGCCCUUCCCCCGUGGCACUGACUGGACCCUCGCCAACUCCUGACCUUGUUAACACAGAUGGCACACUCAUGCUUUUCCCCGGCAACUCCUGCUCUCGCACUGGUGACGGUGUAAGACGGUCUGGUCCCUCUGGACAGGACAGUGGUAAUAAGAUGGAAGAGGAUGACUCCCUGUCCCUGGUAAAGGACAACAGCCACAACAGCAGCUUUGAGCUUGUAGGAUCCAUGAUUACCUCUUACCAGCCUAUCAAUCAUCAGCGCUCCACAGGAAGAGGUGUCCCCAACUCCUCCAUUUUCCGCUCCCCUUCUCCCUGCCUCUUCAGGCCCAGCUUCCUCGGCUCUGCCUCUAAGAGUUCAGGCAAACUCUCUGAGCCCUCUCUCUGCCUCCCUGUUGAGGACUCCCAAGACCUCUAUGCACCUCCCUCCCCAGGUGCUGACUCGGGGCCUCUAGGUGGAGCAGCUUCUGGCCCUGGCCUGGGAGGAGACUCCCAAGGUCACUUCUCUUUGGAGGACGACGCCCAUUCCCAGUUACUUGAUGCAGACGGCUUCCUAAACGUGGGGCCUCGCCCCGGUGCACCUCAUUCCCAUAAGAGACAGUUGAUCCUGGACAGCCUGGAUGAAAAUGCAAUGGAUGCCAACAUGGGGGAGCUGUUAGGGCUGUGCUCAGGUGUUUUUGGGACAGCAGAGAGUGGCUCCAGUAGGGGCGGACGCCUUGGAUCAACACAGGAGGAUGAGCUGCUUGGGUUGUGCUCAGGAGCAUUUCCACCAACACAGGCAGGAGAGGGGCAGACGGACACAGACAAGAGUAAAGACGAAGGACGAGAUGAGGAAGCUGACAAUACCAUGGAUCAGCUGCUGGGGCUCUGUUCAGGAAAAUUUCCUAGUCCAGGUUCUGCUCACACAACUUCACCAGCACAAGACAGUAAAACGACGACAGAGAAGGAAGAGCAGCAGGACGAGGAAGAGGACUGCGAGUUCCGGCUUCUGUCAGAUGUAGAAAGUGAGCAGGAGGAUGAUGAAGAUGGCGUAGAGGAAAAUGAAGAGCAUGAGGAUGGAGAGGAGGCAGAUGCUGGCGAGGAAGGGUACAAUGACGUAGAAGAGGAAGAGUUGCACGGUGUGUUUGCUCCCCAUCGGCUCAAGAAAAAGAAGAAGAUGCUUCUGGCUGACUACCUGGACAAAGAGGCUGAGCUGUCGGGCAGUGACAUGGGGAGUGACGAUGAGGAUGGUGACAGGGGGAGCGAAUAUGAGGAAGAGGAGCUUCUCGAAGAGCUUCCCUCUGAUGAAGAGCUGCAGGACCAGGUCAACAAGAUCCACAUGAAGCAGAUACUGGAUGAUGACAAGCGUCGUCUGAGGCUCUACCAGGAGCGCUACCUAGCUGAUGGCGACCUGCACUCUGAUGGCCCGGGACGAGCUCGUCGCUUCCGCUGGAAAAACAUUGAUCAUGGUUUCAACAUGAACAGGAUGGGAGCAGAUGGUGAGGAAGAGGAGGAGGAAGAUGAAGACAUCGACCAGAGUGAGGUCCAGAGGAGGAAAGAGAGACUGGAGAGAGAACAGUGGCUCAGAGAGCAAUCUGAACAGAAAGCCCAGAAAGGGGAAGAUUUGGAUGCAGACGACGAGCGGAUUGGAGAGGAAGACAGUCAUUUUAUGAAGCUGGCCAAGAAACUGACAGCCAAGACUCUGCAGAGAAAAGAGCCCCCCGUGGUGCCACAGCCAGAAAAGAAGACCACAUCAACUCUCAAUCCCUUCCAGAGACCCUCAAGGCCUUUACAGGUGAGGAGAGGUUCACUACUGAGUCAGCCUCACUCCGUCCUCCAGAAGCUGGCUUCGAUCUCAGAGGGUAACCCUCUGGCGCCCAGAAACAGUCGUGGAUUUCUGUUUCAGACACUCUCUCCUGAAAAGGACCAGACUACUUCUCAGAAACAGAUGAUGAAGAAGAGGGGGCAGGUGGAGCCCGUGAACCCAGCGGCAAAGAGGGCCUGCAGGGAGAACAAACCCGCUGGACAGACUAAAGGCCCCCAGAGGAGCAUCUUCAACUUCCUGGACCACUGAGGACUGCGAUACGCUAAGUGAAUUAUGAUCGUCAACUGGGAGGCCAACUGGUAAGGGCCAGGACUUGAGCCGCGUCCAGUACUUCCCCCAGCCAACGAGACUUGAAAAAUGAGGGAGGUGGCAAAAUUCUGGUUUAUGUUUACAUGGCCUUAAAAUGGCAAACUAAAGAACACCAGUGAAGCAUCUUUUGAUGUUUACACACACUUGUCUCAUCUUCAAAUCUGUUAUGCCAUCAGCAGCAUUCACCUGUCACAUCUUACUUGACUUAAUUUGGACUGCUUUAUGUUUAAAAUGUUUUAUCAUGUAAAUAGGAUCGAUUUGUGUUUUUUAACGAUUAGGGAUUUUUGUAUGAUGACUUAAAUGUAUUUGUUUUACAGUGUAAAUAAAAGUGUAUUUUACGACA